GAUUUUUAAUCAUCUUGUAAACAUGUGAUACGUAUCCCUACGAUCACGUAGUCAGCUUUCUUAGUUUUUAUAUUUAAUUGCUACUGUUUUUAUUCCCGUCCGCAAACGGCACUGCAAGCGCCAAGUGCACACGAGGCCCCGGAACGGCACUCGCUUUCGCCAUUUUUAACAUUCUCGUACGGCUUGUCGACGUCCUUAAAUGUCACCGGAAUUAUAAAUUGGUUAGCUAAGCUAUCAUGGUUACUGAAGGAGAUCCACCCCACCAGAGUGAUAGUAAUGCUAGCUUCCUGAGAGCAGCUAGAGCUGGAAAUGUGGAGAAAGUGCUUGAAUACCUGAAGGGGAGCAUUGACAUUAAUACAUGUAAUGCUAAUGGGCUGAAUGCUCUUCAUUUAGCCUCAAAGGAAGGCCAUGUAGCUGUAGUCCAAGAGUUAGUCAAAAGAGGUGCUAACGUUAAUAUUGCUACUAAGAAAGGAAAUACUGCUCUUCAUAUAGCUUCCCUGGCUGGCCAGGAGGAGGUUGUCAAGAUAUUGGUACAGAAUGGAGCAAAUGUAAACCUUCAGUCACAGAAUGGCUUCACACCUUUGUAUAUGGCAGCUCAAGAAAAUCAUGAUGGAGUUGUGAAAUUUCUAUUGGCAAAUAAUGCUAAUCAGAGUUUGGCAACAGAGGAUGGUUUUACUCCUUUGGCAGUUGCAUUACAGCAAGGCCAUGACAAAGUUGUAGCUGUCUUACUAGAAAAUGAUGCUAAAGGCCGUGUCAGGUUACCUGCACUACAUAUAGCUGCUAAAAAAGACGAUUGUAAAGCUGCUGCGUUGCUUUUGCAGAAUGAUCAUGACCCUGAUGUUACUUCGAAAAGUGGCUUCACACCCUUGCAUAUUGCAGCCCAUUAUGGGAAUGAAAAUAUUGCUACCCUGUUACUUGAGAAGAAUGCUGAUGUCAAUUAUUCCGCUAAGCACCAGAUUACACCUUUACAUGUUGCAGCUAAGUGGGGAAAAUCUAAUAUGGUCAAUUUACUCAUUGAUAAAGGUGCUAAAAUUGAUGCCUCCACAAGGGAUGGGUUAACUCCUCUGCACUGUGCUGCUCGAAGUGGCCAUGAUCAAGUAGUAGAUUUGUUACUGGAAAAAGGAGCUCCUAUUACUGCAAAAACAAAGAAUGGACUUGCUCCCUUACAUAUGGCAUCUCAAGGUGAUCAUGUAGACAGUGCCAGGAUUCUUUUAUACCACAAAGCACCAGUUGAUGAUGUGACUGUUGAUUAUUUAACAGCUCUUCAUGUUGCUGCUCAUUGUGGCCAUGUACGAGUAGCAAAGUUACUUUUAGAUAGAAAAGCAGAUCCAAAUGCUCGGGCUUUGAAUGGCUUUACACCACUCCACAUCGCUUGCAAAAAGAACCGAAUAAAAGUUGUUGAACUACUGUUGAAACACGGUGCAUCUAUUGAAGCUACCACAGAAUCUGGUUUAACUCCUCUUCAUGUCGCAUCGUUCAUGGGAUGCAUGAAUAUUGUAAUAUACCUUAUUCAGCAUGGAGCAAAUGCUGAUGUACCAACUGUUCGUGGUGAAACUCCUCUUCAUCUUGCUGCCAGAGCUAAUCAGUCAGAUAUAAUUCGCAUUCUUCUCCGUAAUGGUGCUCAUGUUGAUGCAUCAGCUAGGGAACAUCAGACACCACUUCAUAUUGCUGCUCGCUUAGGCAAUGUUGACAUAGUUGGUCUAUUACUUCAGCAUGGUGCAGCUGUAGAUGCUACUACAAAAGAUAUGUAUACUGCACUUCACAUAGCAGCAAAAGAAGGGCAAGAAGAAGUAGCAUCCGUUCUUCUUGACCAUAAUGCAUCGCUGACAGCUACAACAAAGAAAGGCUUCACUCCGCUCCAUUUGGCAGCUAAGUAUGGCAACAUUAAAGUUGCUAGGCUGCUUCUUCAAAAAGAUGCUCCUGUUGAUGCCCAAGGCAAGAAUGGAGUUACUCCUUUACACGUUGCUGCCCAUUAUGAUCAUGUUAAUGUAGCUCUGUUGUUACUUGAUAAAGGAGCUUUCCCUCAUGCUACUGCUAAAAAUGGAUAUACUCCUUUGCAUAUAGCUGCAAAGAAAAAUCAGAUGGAUAUUGCCACUACUCUUCUAGAGUAUGGUGCAAAACCUAAUGCAGAAUCUAAGGCUGGAUUUACCCCUCUUCAUCUUGCAGCUCAAGAAGGACAUACAGACAUGACUGCUCUUCUAAUAGAACAUCAUGCCGAUGUUAAUGCUGCUGCUAAGAAUGGUCUAUCUCCAUUGCAUUUGUGUGCCCAGGAAGAUAAGGUGAAUGUGGCAGCUAUUCUUGUAAAGAAUGGUGCAAAGAUAGAUCCACCCACAAAAGCUGGAUACACACCACUUCAUGUAGCAUGUCACUUUGGCCAGAUUAAUAUGAUCAGAUUUUUACUGCAACAUAAAGCAGAUGUGCAUGCUACUACUUCUCAUGGAUAUACACCUUUACAUCAAGCAGCACAGCAAGGUCACACUCUUAUUAUUAAUCUUUUGUUAGAACAUAAAGCUUCUCCAAACACUACCACCAAUCAAGGGCAAACUGCUCUCUCAAUUGCUCAGAGGUUAGGCUACAUUUCUGUAGUUGAAACACUGAAAAUUGUAACUGAAACAAUAGUAACAACAACUACAACAACAAUAACAGAAGAAAAAUACAAAGUAGUUGCUCCCGAGACUAUGCAGGAAACAUUUAUGAGUGAUUCUGAGGAUGAAGGGGGUGAUGAUAUAGAAGACACGUCACUGUAUGGGAAACCUGCCCAUGCCACCCAUGUGUAUCUUCCUUAUAUCGAGGGUCAAAAGUUAAUGACUGAGGAUACCAUGCUUGGUGACCAGUCAUUGCACUAUAUGACCACUGAUGAAUUGAAAGCUUUGGCAGAUGAUAAUACUCUUGGGAUUGAUGUCACUCGUGAUGAAAGAGGAACAGAUUCAACCCUUAUAGCACCUUUGACUGCUGAAGAGGAUCAUUUAACUCCUCAACAUGUUGUUCACCAAGAAACUACUCUCAGUAGCACUAUGGCAACUGAUAAUGUUGAUUUAGGACGUGCACCAGUGCAUGCUGGCAAGCUGAAAUGGAAGACAUUCUUGGUGAGCUUUAUGGUUGAUGCAAGAGGAGGGGCAAUGAGAGGUUGUCGCCAUUCUGGUGUAAGAGUCAUCAUUCCACCCCGUAAAGCUCCAAUGCCAAUGAGAAUUACAUGUAGAUAUUUAAGGAAAGAAAAACUUGCCUAUCCUCCACCUUUGAUGGAGGGUGAAGCUUGUGCAUCUCGCAUUCUUGAAGUUGGUCCAUCUGGUGCUAAAUUUUUAGGGCCAGUUAUAAUAGAAGUACCACAUUUCGCAUCCCUUCGAGGACGAGAGCGAGAAAUUACCAUUUUGAGAAGUGACAAUGGUGAAUCCUGGCGCGAACAUACUCUUGAGGCAUCGGAUGAUGCUGUCCAUGACGUUUUCAAUGAAAGCUUUGAAGGCGAAGAGCUAACUGCUAUUGAAGACUUGAGUACAAAUCGCAUCACUCGCAUUUUGACCACAGAUUUUCCACAGUAUUUUGCUAUAAUCACACGUAUCAGGCAAGAGGUUCAUGCGAUAGGUCCAGAAGGGGGUAUGGUCAGUUCCACAGUGGUUCCACAGGUCCAAGCCAUUUUCCCUGAAGGUGCCUUGACGAAGAAGAUCAAAGUUGGACUUCAGGUAAACAGCUGUCCUAAGGACAAAACUGAUGCUGGCAUUCAUUCUUCUUCACCUAAAUUGGGUAGGGCAAUACUUUCACGACCGAAUGCAUUGCUUCCAAAUCAUCAUGCUCCCCCUGAGAAAAAAUCCUCUCUGAAACCACAGAGACCAAAAUCUGGCUUUUUUGCUGAAUUUGUUCGACGCACAUGGCCCAAGCUAGAAUUGUUCUCUUUUAUGUGAAGUUGCAAGCGUAACAUUCUAGAGACUUUAGCCAUAUGUGUAAUUUGUGAUAGCAGUAUUGUAAAUAUUUAAUUUAUUACUUUUUAUUGUUUCGUUAUUAUAUUUGUUAUUUUUUAGGUUAUUUAAUAAUUCUUAAUUUUGUUAUUUAUAUUUUUAUUUUUUAAUUUAAAAAAUUUAAAUAUUAAAGUAACAAAUAAUAAACAACAGGAAUCAUCAUAAUAUGAGAAUAUUCCCAAGACUGUAGCUAUGAAAAUUAAAUAAAAUUACCUUUGUUGUGUGCAAGAGGGGAAGGGGUGAAAUGAUGAAAAAAUGUGUCCUUGUAAGAAUAACAGACAGAAAAUUAUGAGAAUGUUUCAGCUAAAUGAUAGAAAACAAAACCUCUCUAGCAUUCUCUAUAGAGCAAAAAGUAAAAAGAAAGAAACAAAUUCUUGAAAAGUUGCCAGUAACGAGAGAUUAGAAUUCUCACCAGAACUGACAGAAUUUUAUGAAUAUGAAACAACUGCAGAGAAUAUAUGAUAUGCCAACUUUGAAUAAGUUUGGUGAUAGAGAAAAAGAAAAUAUAAUUAUUUGACUGCACUGGUGGGUGGUAGAGGAUUUAUGAAUUUUUCCAACAUAAUUCCUUUUUAACUUCAGCUUUUCAAGAAUUUGCUUAUCAGUUGCUUUUCAGAUACUUUUCAGUCAGUAAUGGUGCCAGUAGAUUUGUUCUCUGUAACUUAGUAGCAACAUUUUUGAUGUUCUUUGGUUAGGCACACUUCUACACCUCAUGUAGGCAAAUUUCUUUACUCUAUCAUUUUCACUCAUUGCAACUGAAGAUGAUGAUUCUAUUUAGCUCUCAAAAUUCUGCAAAUUUACUCAUGUUACAGUUCUUGUUGUUUAUUAUUUGUUAUUUUAUCAUCUAGUUCUUCAGCACAUUCUUAUUGUUACAUUUAGAAGAUUUGUUAUACUUGAAUAUUUAUUAAGUUAUUUUUUUCCAUUUAAAAGUGGGUAUCUGUAGAGUCUUAUUAGAUUAAUUUCUUUUUUAUUCAAUUUACUAUUAUAAAUAUUUUUUAUUACUCUUCAUAACAGUUCUGAGUUUCCUUUUUCUGGAAUUUGAGUUCUUUAUUUUAUAGGUAAAUUCUGCAAACUGCACAUUUCCUCUUCAAAUAUAUUUUUACAGUUGCAUUGUGAAUUUUAAACUAUUUAAAUUUUCUUUUUAUCUUUCUGUCUGUUUUUGUUUAUUUUUAAUUUGUUACUUGAACUUUUAUAACCUUAGACUCCUAAAAAUAAUCUAUUUGAAGUACUGAAAAAGGCAAUAUUUGUGAAAAGAAAGGAAGCAUAUAUUUAGCUGUAUUUCUGUUCUAGUCAUUUUAAAAUUUUUUAGCAGGUUUUUGUUGUUGCUACACUAUUCCAAUGCAUUUAUAUGGAAUAUGAAUUUUUUUAUUUUGUAGAAAGGUUUUAUACAUGUUCGUGAAAAGAAAAGUGGAAAGUUAUUUUUUUUCCUGCUCUUCUGAUUGAAUGGAUUUCUAAAUAUGUAAAAUAAGUUUUGGUGUCAUUCUAGUGAGAAAUGUUUAUGUAAAUUAUUAUAACUAUGGAAUUAUUCAUAUUUUAUUGAAUCGAGAUCUGAAUAUUUUGUGACAGUUGUGAAAUUUUCAUCAUAAAUGGGUUACUGCUUAACUUACUAUAUGUUAUGGAAAAUGUUGUGUUGAAAUAAUAUUUUGUUUCUUCAGCCAGUUUGUUUUUUGCAAACUGCUCUUGGAUGAAACACUAAAAUUUGUAAAUUUAAUAGCAAUUAAAUUUGAAAUAUGUCUUUAAAGCAUUCUUUCAUCAUGAUGAUUUUCUUAAAACAUUUAUAAUUUCUACCUCCCUUGUUUGAUGGUUUUUCUGAACCUAUGACAAGUGCCUAACAUCCAAUACUCAUUUUUUGUGUUUUUUUUUUUUUUUCCUUUCUCAAAUUGUGAAAUGCAACUUAUGAAUUUUCAUAAGUUUUAUAUGGGUUUAUAUUAGGCUCAAAUAUGACAUUAGAAAUUUAGAUGUAGUGUUUGGAUUCUUGAUAUAGUACAUAUAUCACAAAAAAUCGUUAAGAAAGGAGUUUUAAUUUAAGAGAUAAGGAAAAAAAUAGUUAGAAAAACUAUUUCAUUAAAAAAAUUAAAUCCUUGUGUAAAUUUAAAACUUUUGAUUUUUACACUUUAUGUAUACGGUUUUCAUUUAAAAAAAAAUAUGUAAGUAAUUGUGUUUAGUUGCCUGAAAUAUAAAUGUGUAAGACGUUAUCGCAUCCAAACAAAUAAAUAUUUUUAAAGAAAGAAAUAUAUUAUUUUGUCAGAAAUUCAGAAUGUACAUUUUGCAUAUUUGAUAGCUGGGACCAAACUUUCCUGUGUUUUAAGAAAUUGAAUUUUUCUGUGAUUGCCUAUGUUACUCAUCUUUUAAAUGAGUAAAGGGUAUCCUAAGUGGUAUGAUCCCCUUUACAGAUUAAAUUAUUUUGCUUUCUUUAAUUCUUUAAUAAUGCAAAUAUCAUGUUAAUGAAUGGAAAUUUAUAAAAUCAGAGUCUAUAAUAAUUAUAAAACUUUAGCUAAUAGAAGCUGUUUAAAUACAGAUCGUCACAGACCCAUAAAACUGUGAUGCUCAGAGGGUUAAAUAAAACUUAAGUAUUUAGAUGAAAAAAAUUCUUCAAAAGGUUCUAUUAGUUGUAUAAAAAUUAUAUAAUUUUAUUUUAUGAAAAUUAUGUAUGCUAAAAAGUAUGCAUGUAUGUGAUUGUGUCUGGUAAAUUAUACUUUUAUUAAAUAUUUUUCUGUUUACAAGAAGUUAUUUACUAAUUAUUAAAGCUAAAUUACUUGUGUUUUUUGUGAUAAUAUAGUGAUUAGCAGCAUUUUAGGAAUGCAAAUAAAAGAAAAAAAUCAGAUAUUAAGCUUUGACACUUCAGUUUUUAGUAGACAUAAUUAAAACCUGCAGAUAAUAUACUUAAUAUUGUUUCGAUCUUUCUUAACUUUAUGUAAAUGAUUUGUAGUAAUUAGACUUUGAAUAAUGUGUAUAAAAAUGUAUCUUUGUAAUUUUCUGCAUAUUGUACUUGUCUAAUCUGCUUCUAAUGUAUCAGCAUUCUUUCACUAACAUCUGUCUAUACUGAAUACAUUAUUUUCUGUACUUAAUAUUUUAACAAUAAAGAUAACCAGACAUUAAAUUUGUGUAUUCU